AUGGAAUCAUUUUUUCAACGUAUGUCAUCAUUUGUUAUACGAAAUAGUAAUAAAUUUAUUGAACAAGAUAUUAACGAAAUUGAAAAUGAACGACAAAGACAAUUUACUUAUUUACAAGAACGUCGAUGUUCAGCGCCUGAUAUUCGUCGACGUGGUAUUACAAUAGAUCGAUUAACUCGAGUACUUGAUCAGAAAGGUACUUCAGAAGAACAAAUUACAACUCAUUUUAAUGCCCAUAUGCUAUCUCGAAAGCAUUACAAUUCUAUUGGUAAGUUGUGUAUGAUUGAUUUUUGA